AUGAGAACUCAUACAGGAGAGAAACCAUAUACUUGCUCUAUAUGUCAAAGAAGUUUUUCUGAUCCAAGUGCUCUCACAAAACACAUGAAAAUUCAUACUGGAGAAAAACCAUACACUUGCUCUAUAUGUCAAAUAAGUUUUUCUCAUCCAAGUACUCUCAAAACACACAUGAGAACUCAUACUGGAGAGAAACCAUAUACUUGCUCUAUAUGUCAAAAACGUUUUUCUCAUCAAAAUGUUCUCAACAGACACAUGAGAACUCAUACAGGAGAGAAGCCAUUCACUUGCUUUGUAUGUCAAAGAAGAUUUUCUGAUUCAGGUGAUCUCACAAAACACACAAGAACUCAUACAGGAGAGAAACCAUAUAGUUGCUCUAUAUGUCAAAGAAGUUUUGCUGAUCCAAGUAGUCUCUCAAAACACACAAAAACUCAUACAGGAGAGAAACCAUAUACCUGCUCUAUAUGUCAAAGAAGUUUUUCUCAAUCAAGUUAUCUUAAAAGACACAUGAGAACUCAUACAAGACGAGGGGCCGAUAAAAAAUUCAAAGUCGUCCCUUGA